UUACUCUCAGUGAAACUUAUUUUUACAGAAUGUUAUCGUAUUACAGUAUUAUGUCAUAUGAAUUCUGAUAUGAUGGAUUCACCAAUAGACUUGGAUUUACAAUUUCCCCAAACAUAUGUGGAAAUAGAGGUUGAUGGUUCUGUGGCAGAAACUGAUGAUGGUCAAAUAAUAGGCAUUGAAGUGAUAGAAUCAAGUGUGGGGAAUGAUGAAUUAGUGAAAGAAGAAUAUGAAGUAUUGGAAAAUGACUAUUCGACAAAGAGGAAAGUUCAAAGCCCAUUAAAAAAUUACAAAAAUGUAGACAAAAUAGCGGAAUCAUUGACCAAGAAUUUAUUCCACAAAAAAACAAGAAAAAGAGGACGAAAAUCAACACCACAGUCAUUGAGCGAAGUUAUCAACUCUCAGUCUCUCACUCCAAUUGACAAAUCUUCUGAUAGGCAAUGUAAAAAAUGUGGAAAGAUAUUCAGUGUUAGUACCAGUUUGGAACAACAUCUUAUACUUUUUCAUGGAGAAUCCAAACCAUAUGAAUGCCAUCAAUGCAAAAUGAAAUUUAUCCGAAAAGUUGACCUGAAUAAACAUUAUCUUGUUCAUCAAGUAAAAACCGCACACAAAUGCAAUGUUUGUGGCAAAAAAUUUAGCAAGAUAAAUGCGCUAACAAACCAUUUAUCAAUUCACAAGGAGUUGAAGGAGUUUAAUUGCGAAGUUUGUCAGAGAAAGUUCAAAACACAUUCCGCACUGAAACGACAUUUUCAUACUCAUACCGACAGUAAAGAUUAUGAAUGUAAAAUAUGCAAAAGAAAAUUUCUUUGGCCUUGGCAUUUGAAGUCUCACAUUCGAACACACUCUGGUGCUAAAGACUACAGAUGUGAAAUAUGUCAAAAGAAUUUUACUAAACCUAGUGAUGUGAAAAGACACAUGCUUAUCCAUUCUAACAUAAAGCAAUUUGAAUGUGAAGUUUGUGGGAAAAAAUUCACCCAAGCCGGUCACGUGAAAUCUCAUGAAGAAACUCACACCAAUGAUAGAAAGUUUGAGUGUGAAUUGUGUGGAUCAAAGUUUCUACGUUCAGCCAAUUUAAAACGGCAUAUGCUCACACAUACAAAUCUCAAACCCCAUAAAUGUGAUGUUUGCAGUAAAUGCUUUUCACUACGACAUCAUCUUAAAAGGCAUUUACUUCUACAUUAGCUUUCUGAGUAAUACCAUAUUCAGAUAGUUGAACAUAUAAGAUGGAAAAAAUCUGUGUUGUUUAUUUUAUUUUUGAACUGCUAAAUCAUACAUAUGAAGCAGUGGUUCUCAAACGGUGGGGCGCGCCCACAAGGGUGGUGUAGACAAUUUUUGAGCGGACGUGAAGCUGAUGAAAAAUAAAAAUAUUCGUUAGACUUGAUUUUGCCUGAGUUAUUUUGAACAUCUACAUGUUUUUUGAAAAAAACAUACUUUUUGCCUUACUAUCUGUUAUUUGUAGCUAAUUGUUAGCUAGGUAUUUUUAAUAAGGUAAGGCGCAAGACUUGACAAAAUCUAAACGGGGGUGCAGCUUAAAUAAUUUGAGUAUCACUGAUAUAAAGCGAUAUAAUAUGCCCUUUAUACUUAUUCAUUUUUUACUUUUUAAUAAACACCGUGGAAUUAUUUUCAAUUCAUUUGUAGUGAUUAUGAAGCUGAACUAUAAGCAAACAAGCUUCUAAAAAUCGC